CACAUGUAUGCAUGUUUGUACUUAUAUAUUUUACAUUUGCUACGCGCCAUUUUUGCGGACUUAGUUAUUUUACAGGAAACGUGAAAUUGCAGUGUAUAUUAAAUUUUUUCAUUGUUCGCAGUCAUUCUUUAAGUAUACACACAGUAUAUGUAGUUGGUGCUUCAAAGUACAGUGAAAUAUUGUGAAAUUCUUGUGACGGCAACGAACAAAGGAGCCUGACGAUUAAGUGAAUUUAUGUUUAUAUUAACUGACCACCGCUGUCAUUAGCAAGCAAUCAAAAUGUUUGGCGGAACUAAACCCACCUUCGGAGCUGGUGCAAGCAACACAGGAUUUGGCACCUUUAGCAACACACCAACAACAUUUGGGCAGUCUGCGUUUGGGAAGCCAGCCACGCCUGCCUUUGGUGCAGCACCAGCAUUUGGAGCACAACCCGCCCAACCUUCAAUGUUUGGCACGACCGCGACAGCCACUCAGCCGGCCGGUGGACUUUUUGGAAACCCAACUACAAGCGGUGCCUUUGGCAGCAAUACAACAACGGCAGCUCCCACUACAUUUGGAGCCGGAUUUUCGCAACCACAGCAAAAUUCGAACAUUUUUGGAGCUGCACAAAAUACAACAAAUACCUCGCUCUUUGGUCAGGCAGCCGCACCCGCAUUAUUUGGCGCAGCCAAACCUACAGGAUUGGGUUUACCCGCCUUUGGGCAGACAGCAGCAGCGCAGCCACCGCAGUCUUUAUUUGGUCAACCGCCAGCAUCGACGAGCACCUCAGGAUUUGGCACUUUCGGCCAGGCAGCACCUACGACAACAAAUGUAUUUGGAAGCGGCACAGCUUCGGCAUUCGGGCAACCUCAAUCUGCUGUGGGCGCCUCAACUGUAAAUUCAGGCUCGUCGUUGGUCAAGUAUCAACCUACGAUUGGCACAGAUACUCUAAUGAAGGGGGGCCAACCUAACAAUGUCAAUACAAAGCAACACUGCAUAACGGCCAUGAAGGAGUACGAGCAGAAAUCGUUGGAGGAACUGCGCAUGGAGGAUUAUUUGAGCGGACGCAAGGGGCCGCAGGGGGGUGCGGCUCCAGGCGGCUUUGGCUCCUUUGGCGCGACUGCAGCAGCACAGCCAGCGAGCAGUGGCUUAUUUGGUGCUUCCGCCCAACCCAGUACCGGGCUGUUUGGCCAAACUGCUUGCACCGAGAAUAAAAGUCUUUUUGGAGCAUCAACUUUUGCCCAACCGGCCGGGGCCAGUGCUUUUGGAGCACCAGCACAGCAGAACACCUUUAUGCAGAAGCCUUUUGGUGCCACGACUACAACAGGCUUUGGUGCGCCCACCGCUGAUAACUCGAAUCCCUUCGGCGCGAAACCGGCUUUUGGACAGUCCACAGGACUAUUUGGGCAGGCACCCGCAACAAGUGCGGCCCCGGCGUUUGGGCAGACUAACACAGGAUUCGGGGGGUUCGGCAGCACAGCAGGCACACAACAAAACACACUAUUUGGUGCCACAAAUCCAACUGAUCCAAAUAAACCAGCAUUCGGUAUUGGCUCGGCUGCACCAGCGACAAGCACAGGAUUUGGUGGAUUCGGAGCUACAGCAACCAGCACAGCUGGUGGUGGUCUAUUUGGCGCUAAGCCAGCCACUAGUUUUGCUACGCCCGCCUUUGGCACUACAUCAACUGCUAAUACUGGCUUCGGAAACUUCUCCAUGAAUAACGCCGCUCCUGGAGGUGGUGGCUUGUUCAAUUCAAACCUUAAUAAGCCAGCUACCUCCGGUUUUGGAGGCUUUGGUACCCAGCAACCUGCACAACCGCUUAAUUUCAAUGCAGGUAACACGGGUGGCUCACUGUUUGGAAAUGCGAACAAACCAGGUGGGCUCUUUGGUGGCACUGGCACCUUGGGUGCGGGAACCGCAACUGGAGGUGGAUUGUUUGGUAGCAGCACCGGUGGGUUUGGAACUGGCAACACUUUGGGCAAUGCCUUUGGAACAAUUGGUGGCAACACCGCACUCUCUGGCUUAGCUAGCGCACAAAUGCAACAGCAGGCAACGGUUCCAAUUCAUAAGCAAAUAUUGGCGAAGGUUACUUCACCAUAUGGAGACACACCCAUCUUUAAGGAUUUAAGACGCGACGAUACAGAUGCAAUUCGUGCUACAAAUCCUGCUGCGCAACAAGCGGUUCUGGACCUCAACACAAAUCAGUUUAAAAUCGAUACUAAAAGUACUUCGAAUGUUGUUAAAAUCAAAUCGCUGGGAAACUCAUUACACCGCAAGUCGCUGUUCGAUGGCCUGGAAGAAUUUGAUGGCAGUGUGGAGGGUUUUAAUCUGAAACCCAAUGUGAAACGUCUAAUUAUUAAACCCAAACCUAAGAUAACUCCAGGGGCAGUUGAUAGCGUAAUCAGCAGCAAUAGCAACAACAACACUCCAAUCGCAUCGCGAUCAAAGCCAAACACUCCAUCCAAAGAUUCCUUCAAUUCGGUCAUACCCGUGGAACCGGUCAAUUCAUCUCCCGGUACUGGUUCGCAGCAAAUUGCUAACAAGGAAAAUGACUCCAGCCGUCGCGAAUCCUGGCUGCAGGUGCGUCAACACAAUUUGCAGGUUGGCCUUGACAAUGCAUCACCAUUAAACAGCACGCUAACAGAAUUGGUUCCACGCAAACCCAUUGAGACGUAUAGACCGUCAGCAGUAACAAGGGUGUCCGUGUCCACAAUACCAGAAAAUCCCUUUGAGGAUCAAAGCAGUGUCAUUGCACGCCUUGAUACGGCAAGCUUCUCCACCGAACAGGCCAAUGAGAGCUUAUUCUCGAACCGUUCCUAUGGCCAGGAGGAACGACUGGCCAUCGAACCCACCGAUGCUGAAUGCGAGCCACAUCCAACGGGCAUCAUAUUGCGACGUGUAGGCUAUUACACAAUACCAUCAUUAGAGGAGCUCAAGUCCUUCUUGGCUGAGGAUGGGUCUUGUGUGGUACCCAAUUUCACUAUAGGACGCGAAGGCUACGGCAAUGUUUACUUCGGGAAGGAGAUGGAUGUGUCCGGCAUUAAUCUAGAUGAAAUCGUUCAUUUUCGCAACAAGGAGAUUAUUAUUUACCCGGAUGAUGAUAAUAAACCACCAUUUGGCAGUGGCCUGAAUCGCGAGGCUCAGGUCACUUUGGACCAAGUAUGGCCGCUCGACAAAACCAAACAUGAGCCCAUCAAAGAUUCCCAACGUCUCAUCGAAAUGAACUGGGAGGGAAAGUUGCGACGCGUGUGCGAUAAGAACGAAACGGACUUCAUUGAAUAUCGGCCUGAGACGGGAAGUUGGGUGUUCCGUGUGAAGCAUUUCUCAAAAUAUGGAUUGGAUGGUGAAGAUAUCGAAGACGGCGAGGUGCCUACUGAUCCCAAAAAGGCAAAGAUGUCCGCACAGACCGGUGCCAUUGCUCCGCCUGGCGAUAAGAUGACUCUGAGUUCGCUGCGACAGGCACAAAAAAUUUCGGAGGAAGCAGCCCGUGCCAUGGAUCCCAAAACAUUGGGUGCUGGUAUUGCAUCCUCUUUUCGGCCCAUGGACGAUUCAGCUGAAUUUAUGCUAAUGAAUAAGACACAGUUCUUUCAAGGCAAUGGAUAUGGAGACUCUUCAUUGUUUGCAAUGCCACGCUCUGCAACAAGCCCCACCGCUGCUUUGGCCAAAGAGGUGGAUGGCAAUGAGCCACACAAAAUGCAACUUAUGAAAUCAUCUCUCUUCUUUGGAGAUAUUGGCAGGGAAGAAGACACGGAGUCUACAGCUUUUCCAACUACUUUUCGAAACCAGGAUUAUUAUCAACACGAUGCACCAAUGUGGGAAGACGGAGUUGCCUCAGAUUCUUCGAGUCAAUUCGAUUUUGGACGCAAUUCGCCACCCCUUCCGGUUUCAUCUUCUGCUUCAGUUGCCAGCAUCCUACGUGAAGUAGAAUCAGAAGAGAGCUCAUCGAUUGCUGACGAAAGCAUCUGCCAGGAAACUGCGAAGCGCGAAGUAGAUACCAGCAAACCAUUUACAUUCAUACUGAAACCUAAUUUGGCGCCUGUUAAAAUAAUCGCCUCGAUGGUACCUUUGAAACGUUCGCUCGUGUAUGCUAUGCGCCAUAAUUGGAUAGCCGACUUGGGAUUCACAUUGGGUCAUAGUUUCAAGCUUAGCUUUGGAACAGGCUCUGCACUGAUUGUGCCAAAUACCUACAAUAAUUUACGAAGCGCCAAAGAGUCAAACGAUUUAUGUGUGCCAGGCUCUCUCAUCUGUCAGCCUCGCGGCAACAACGACUUCUCGCCUACAAUACUGCAAGUAGUGCAACUCAAUACUGGCAACUCUUAUAACAAUUUUAAGCCGAGCAUUGUGCCCCACCUGGAAGUUGAAUUGCGCUAUUGUAUAUCCAAUGAAGUGGAGGGCAGCGAGUGCCCCUGGCUGCAGUCAGAUGCGGGCACUGACCUCAUUGCAAAGCAUCUGGACGAGGCCAUAAAAUUAAAGAAUGCCGGAGAGAUGGAAACUUAUGCCGUUUCAGUUUGGUUACUCCUAUAUGCUUUGUGGGGUGCUCAAGAAGAGCUGUCUGGGUAUGAAUCGAGCUCACAUUAUGUGGUCAUGUGUCGACGUAAUCUGAUGUCCGAGUGGCUGGAGAACACACUGGCAACCAAGGAUAUGUAUUCGAAGAAAACAACUAGUAAUAGCUAUCUGGCCAACAUGUUGGAUCUUUUAUACUGUCACCGCGUCACCGAAGCCUGUGACUUGGCCUUCAACUAUGACGAUGGCUUUUUGGCUUUAACAUUAUCACAGCUGUCUUCUGGUCCAGUGGUGCGUCUUCUACUCGAGGAGCAGUUGCACGCGUGGCAAAAAAGCAAAUCGGACAAAUAUAUCACCAUUGAACGCCUAAAGAUGUUUAUGCUGGCGGCUGGAGUUCCCUUGAUGCACUCAUCACAUGGGCCCAUUAACAUGCUUGAGGACAGCAACUGGAUUACAGUGCUGGCACUGCAAUUAUGGUAUUUCACGGCACCCACUUCGUCUAUAACUGAUGCUUUAAUUGAAUACGACAAGGCUUUCAAUGCCGACGAGUGCUAUGCCAACCCACCAACGCCCGCUUACGAAGGAUUGUCGAAUACCAGCAGUAAUCCUGUCUACGAUCUGCGUUAUCAUUUACUGCAAUUGUACUCGCACCGCUUGCAUCCGCUUGAGAGCUUACUUAAUCCCAUAACACACACACGGGAUCAUAUGGACUUCCGGCUAAGUUGGCUACUCCUCCAAACACUAGAGGCUCUGGGCUACAAUCAUUGUGGUAGCUGGAGUGAGGCGCAGCUGCAUGUGGACUUCGCCAAUCAGCUGGAAAGUGAUGGCCUCUGGGAAUGGUCAACUUUUGUGCUCUUACACAUCAAGGAACAAAACCAGCGGGAAAGCGCUGUGAAGAACAUGCUGCAGCGACAUGUGAGCGUCUCGGAAGAGAUAGCCCUUACCGAGCAAGAGAACUUCGUGAUACAUCGUCUGGGAGUGCCGGAGCAUUGGGUGAACUUUGCGAAGGCCUUGCAAGCCGGCUACAGUGGCCAACGUCACCUGCAGGCAAAAUAUCUGUUGAGAGCAAAAGAAUGGGCUAUGGCGCAUGAAAUUAUUUAUCUGCAUAUUGCUCCCGACGCCAUAAUCAACAAUGACACGGAUUAUUUGCACGAUUUGCUCACUCAAUUUGAAUGCACAGAUGAGGGCUCCAUUGUCAAGGUGCCUAAUUGGGCCAAUGAGGGUCAGAUAUUUCUGGACUUUAUUGAUAUAAGUGCUAAGUUCGAACAAAUCCGCAGCAUGAAUAACGUGGAGGACAUACAAGCUCGCUGGGAAGGUCUUAAGCCGCAACUGAGCGAUCUCUGUUCGCGCAUAAAUGCGCUACCCUGUCCUACGACCAAGCACCGCCUUUGCCAGAGCGAAAUUUCUCAGAGCUUGAGUUGUUUGGUGCAUGGCAUGUGCAUUGUCAAUCCCGAACUAGACCCCUGUUUCAUUAUGAAAAUGGCACUGGAACGUUUACCAUUGCCGCAGGAAUUCGCGACCAAAGACUUGGACACUCUGCUCGACAAGUAUAUGGACAAACUGAACCAUGAAACAACAUUGAAUGAGAUUGAUGGCAGCAUACGAAUGAUAGAAGCUUAGGGCAUUAAUAAAUAGAAUUUAGGCCAAAAAACAGAUAAAAAUUCAA